AUGGCCUCCAGCGGUUCGGCUUACCCGGAGGCUGUUGGUUGCAGCUGUUGGUUGCAGCUGUUGCAAAUUUCACGGCAAUUCACGAGGAGAAUCUGUGGGAGACAGGCCGCAGCCGCCGUGGCAAUAGACCCUGAGGCCGCAGCUGCCGUGCCAAUAGACUAUGAGGCAGAUGAAGCUGCAGCUAAAAACUGCAAGGACAUCCAUCAGGCCGCCAAGGAGGGCAACGUGGGUGCCGUGAGGCACUUCCUGCGUGUCGACCCCGAGAGCCUGGAGAGGAAGGGCGGAGACUUCCGCCAGACGCCGCUGCAGCUGGCGGCAGAGCAGGGCCGCGCCGAGGUGGUCGCGCUGCUGCUGAAGUCCGGCGCCUCCCUGGAGGCGAAGGAUGACGCAUACGGCUUGACGGCGCUGCAUCUGGCGGCUCAGAAAGGCCACGCCGCCGUGGUCGAGCAGCUGAUCUCUGCGGGGGCCACGGUGGACGCGGCCAGCAACGACGGCCGUGGCCCCGGAAGGGUUUUCGGGUCGUUUUGGGAGUGGCUCUGGCGAGGUGACGGAAGGGGUUCGUCCAUUGGCGUGACGGCGCUGCAUCUGGCGGCUCAGAAAGGCCACGCCGCCGUGGUCGAGCAGCUGAUCUCUGCGGGGGCCACGGUGGACGUGGCCGACAACGACGGCCAAACGCCUUACGACCUGGCCAAGGAGGGCCAUCGCCGCGGCCACCGCCAGGUGAUGGGCCUCCUGCGCCCAGUCUUUGUGGCUCUGCUGAGGGGCCGAAGCUGCCGUUGCGAUUCAUCACAGGAGCGAACUGUGUUGGAGUUGAAAGAAGAAGCCGAGAAAAAGCUCGGCGUCGAGAUUAAACAUCUCAUUGGACAAAACCACGAGCCAUUGGAUGAAAGCAUGGAGCUUGCUGCAGCGCAGAUUGUGCCGGGCAACACAUUGACCGCCGUGAUUUCAGAAGAUGCUCUCGAAGAGGGACAUCCUGAAGCACAGGCUCCUGCCCAACCUGCAGACCCCUCCAUGCCUGAGGAUGGCGUCGAAAUCAAGGACUUCCCGCACGGCAUUCGCCUGAUGGCGCAGCAGGCCAUUUUCGAGGCCUUCGAUCCACAAAUCGAGGUUCUCGAGAACUGGAGCGACUUAAAGGAAGUCUCAGCUCUGGAAGAGGUGCUGCCUGCUGGCCACGUGCCCCUGGCUCGACUCCUCCGGCUCACUCCGGAAGAUCGAACUUUCCCUGCACCCGUGAAGGUCCAGGUGCCAGCGUGUGCUGGCGCAGACACUGUCUGGAGAUCCACUCCAGCUGGCUGGGAGAAGCUGGACACAGUCACUUUCGACGACGGUCGCGCAACGGUGGCGCUGGGCCACUUUUGUGACCUAGUCAUCACUGGAAAGUGCAUUCCGCUGAAAUGCAUUGGUUUUCUCCAUCCACACGGCGAGAACGCCCAGAUUGUGAUAAUGCACAUUGCCUGCAAGUUCUGCCAAAGCGGGUUGGAGUUGCUUUGCUCGGAUGAAGAUGUUUUGCAACCCCUGCGCAAGUGCGGGCCCAGUCUGCAACUGGGAAUGUUUCGCCAUGAAGACGAGUUGGAAAUCCACCAGACUGGCCGAACAUCGAAAAUCAAGAUGCGAUUCGACAAGAUGCCACUGUCGCGAAGACUCUAUGCCCAGUCGGGGCUACAGUUUGAUGUGGAGAUCGCUGGAGAGAACCACGUCUUCGAAGCUGUUCCGGGUCCGCCAGCAACUCCUGCACCACAGCCUGCUCAUCCUUCUGGGCACCCAGCUGGAUCUGCACCACAGGUGCCCGCAGUUGCAGGGGCUGUCGGAUCUUCCGCGGUGCCGAACCCACAGGCAUCAGCUGCCUCGACUGACAUGCGAUCGGCGGCGUCACAGCAAGGACACUUGUUGUUGAGCGGGCGCUUCAACAGUAAUGAGAUUAUUGAGUACAUGAAGGCAGUGAAGAAGCAGCUGGAAGCUCAAAAUGUACCUGUUUUCAUGGUUGAAGCAACGGUCGGCCAAAGUUUUGCUGACCUGACACGGAUAGGAUUGUGGCGUGCCAAAGGCAUGAUAACAUUUUGCACGUCGGAGUAUGGGGCAUACACUGGUGUAGGAUAUGAAACUUUCCAUGAGCUUGAAUUUGCUCAUGACCACCAGUUGCCCUUGUUUCCGAUUAGGCUCUGCGAACAGUGGCCACCAGCGCCACAGAACAACGAACGAGGCAUCUGUCAGAAUCACUUGGUGUUCAAGAAUGGCCUCGUGUACAUAGAUGAUCGGCAGAUGAAUAAGGCCCAACUCGUUGCGGAUCAGAUUGCUGAAUCUGUCGCACGAAUGGGCAUCUUCCGAACUAAGCUGCAGCUUUAA